ACGAGUGUGGACGUGCUGCUGGUCGGUCGCGCGCAGUUAAGAGACUUGAAUUUGUGAAUAUCGGCACAUAGUCGGCGUUUCUUUUUUUUUUUGCUGUUGUUGUUGAACAGUUAAUCGUUGCAAUUCUUUUUUGUUUUGAGUGCAAGUGACAAGAAAUUAAGAAAGUAAAACAAAAACAAAAAAUGUCUGGCGAUUGAGCGCGCGAAAGAGAUAGAAAAUGAUGUUACUUGGACCACGUUUGUUUAUAAUGCUGCCCAAUGCAAAUGCAAAUGCAAGUGUAACAGUUUAUGCGCUGCUGCUGCUGCUGCUACUGACGCUCUGUCGCGUCUGCGCAGGCAGCAGCAUCAACAGCAACGUUGCUGCAGUCGGCAGCGGCAGCGUUGGCAGCACAAAUGGAUUACAAUGCCAACGCAUUGCGGUUUCCGCCUGCCAGGGCUUGGGCUACAACAUGACCGCAUUGCCCAAUCUGGCUGGCCAUACCAAUCAGCUGGAGGCUGAGCUGCAGAUUGCCAAGCUAUUGCCACUGAUCGAGUCUGGAUGCAGUCGUCGAGCGCGUUUCCUGCUCUGCUCGGCGCUGUUUCCGCUCUGCAGUCCGGACGUGCCGCGUCCUGUGAGCGCUUGCAAAUCCUUUUGUGAAACGGUUAAAAGCGAAUGCGCCAGCAAUGCGCCGCCGGAGCUGAUGCAGCUGUGGCCGCAGUUUCUCAGCUGCGAGACGCUGCCACAGCCGGAGCAUCAUGAGCUGUGCAUGAAGAUUCCACAGGAGGCGGCAAGUGGCGGCAGCGACGUUGUCACUGGAGCGGGCGCAGCAAUAGCAACGCCGCCUGCUUUGGUGGAAGCAGCAACGCCAGCAGCAGCGCAGCAACAGCAGCAGCAGCAGCAGCAACAGCAGCAGCUGCACUGGUCCUGGCUGGCUUGGAAGCUGUCGGCAGCGGGCAGCGGCAAACUGACGCCGCCGGCUGCGAGCAGCGCGCUGGGCACUUCGCUCAUCAUUUGUCCGCAGAACUUUAGCGUCAAUCCGCUGAACCUGGGCGAGUGUUUGCCACAAUGUCGACGCGAUGCGUACCACAGCACGCAGCAGAAGAAGCUAACGGAGAGUCUGGUGCUGGGACUGUCCGCCGUGUGCUUUGUGCUCACGCUUUUUGCCCUGGUGACGUUCUGGGCGGAGCCGACGCGCUUUGGCUAUCCGGAGCGUCCGGUGCUGUUCCUAUGCCUUUGCUAUAAUCUCUUUAGCGUUUGCUAUUUGGAGCGCAUUGUUUUCCAUCAGGCGCGCAGCUUUAAUCUGCAGCUGGAGCUGGAGCAGCAGCAGCAGCAGCAGCAGCAGGAAAAGGAGCCAACGCCAGUUGCUGCACGCGCCGCCUGCUCAUUGACGCCGCCCUGCCUGGCCAGCUAUAUAAGCACCUCGUAUCUGAGUCUGUGCGCCGCCAGCUGGUGGCUAAUCUUUGCGCUCUGCUUCUAUCUCUCGUCGCACAAGAAGUGGAGCAGCGAGGCGCUGGAGAAGCGCUCGGGGCUGUUUCAUGUGCUCGCCUGGGUGCCGCCGCUGGCGCCGCCCAUUGCAGCGCUGCUGCUGGAGCAAGUGCAUCCCAGCGAGCUGACAGGCAUGUGCCACGCCCCUGGCUUUGUCGAAGUGCCGGCGCUGGUGCUGCUGCUGCUCGGACUCUACUUUACGCUGCGUGCCGCACGCUCCUUGCACGCGUUGCAGCAACAGCUGCCGGCGACGUUGCAGCAUCAGCGCUUCGCCCAGAUACGCAAGCGUUUCGUCAUCUUCUCGCUGCUCUACUUUGUGCCCACAGCCAUUGGCGUGCUGGCCGCCUGUCUGCUGCCCGAGAGCUAUGUGGACAGCAGUGUGCCCAGCUGCUCGACGCUGGAGGAUUGCGCGCCGCCCGCCACACUCAGCGCUUGGCCCGCCCUGCUGCGUCUCUUCUUUCAGCUGCUGGGCGGCACACUCACGGGCAUGUGGGUGUGGUCACGCAAGACCUGCGAGAGCUAUCGCAGUCGCCUGGUUCAUGGCCACUCGCCCAGCUCCUCGCUGUCGGCGGCGGCGGCGGCGGCGCAACAGAGCAAAUCCAUUGGCGCUGCCGCCGCGCUGCCCAAGAAGCAUCUCUAUGCCAGUGGCAAGUCCAUGCUGCAGCCACAUGCUGGACACAUGACUGCGCCGCUCUACGCCGGCAUCAGUUUCCACAACGUGCCCGUCUACAAUCCCAAUCAGUCUCGCGUUUAGUCGCUCCAGACUGCUGAGAGAUCUGUUGUGUAUAUAGAUAUAUGACUAUAACUUUUUGUAUAGCCCCCAUUGGCUGCCCUAGGCCCUUAAAAUGAAUUGUGUUAAUAGCUUUAAACAUUUAAACAAUUAAAGUUAGUCUUAGGCUUUAGUUGUAAAUUUAUUUGUACA